GGAAGUUCUUAGGAGAAGCGGUCUUGGCCGUACAAAAAGAUGGCGGCGAUCACGGGGGACGGUGAAGCGGUGGAGUUUGCUCCAGGAGGUGCGUAUGAUUACCGACUACUGUUUCAGGGAGUUGAUUUUUCUUCCUGAGAAGGGGAGCUAUGAUGUCUGUGAUACAUCGGCUGACAGCGGGGUGGCUGGUGGAUCAUCUCUCCUUCAUCAACCAGUGCGGCUAUGAGAUCUGUGACUCUUAUGUAUGCCCUGGUAGUGUUACUCUCGAUACUUCUGUCACUUCUACUGGAGAUUGCCAUACUGCUUCUACCAUUGCUGCCGCCUCCUCCUCAAGAGAUGGUCAGAUUUCUGGUCCUGGAGAUGCAAUAGAAACAGAAGGUAAACCAGCAAAAACAAGAUACGUGUUUCGGGAGGAGUUCUUUGACAUUUUUAAGCCCCAUAUAGCUGCAGCUCCUGACAAGCAGCUGUGGCAGGAAUGCCCUGAGGUGAGUCUCACAGAAGCAAAGGCCAACAGCAACAGAGAGGAACACCAAGAAGGAGCCAAGAGUGAUGUUGGAGAUUCUGUUGCCAGUGCGAGGAAGAAACGUAGAAGGAAAUGUGCAUUCAACCAAGGUGAACAGGAUGCUUUAGAAUACCAUUCAAAGGUGAGGAAGCUGAUUUGGGAAGGCACUUUGCAUUUAGUCCAAGAAGGGCUUAAAAGUGGUUUUCUUCACCGUGCUACUGCAGAACUCAGUUGCAGGAGGAAUGUUGUUCCUGGACACAUUGGCUGUGGGUUGGCUGAAUUAUGUGAAAUGGCAAAGCAGUUUCCAGCUGUAAAUGAAAGCGACCAACAAGCUGUACAUGUGCUAGAUGAUGAAACCUCCAUUCCAGAGCAGGACUUGCUUUCGUGUGUUGCAGAAAACAGCUCGAACUGUGCAAAGAUAGUUGUGUUAAUGGGGCAGAAGUACUUGGUGCCACCAAAAAGCAGUUUCCUUUUAUCUGAUAUUUCAUGUUUACAGCCCCUGCUGAAUUACAAGAAAAAAUACAAUGUAAUUGUGAUUGAUCCACCAUGGGAGAACAAGUCUGUUAAAAGGAGUAACAGGUACAGUUACUUGUCUUCAUGGCAAAUCAAGCAGAUUCCUGUACCAGCACUAGCUGCUCCAAAUUGUCUUGUAGUCACGUGGGUGACCAACAGACAGAAGCACUUACGUUUUGUUAAGCAUGAACUUUAUCCUUAUUGGUCUGUGAAAACGCUUGCUGAGUGGCACUGGGUAAAAGUUACUAGAACUGGAGAAUUUGUAUUGCCUUUGGAUUCUUUACACAAAAAGCCCUAUGAAGUUCUUGUAUUGGGGAGAGUUCAAGGAGGCGAAAAGGAAGCCUUAAGGAAAUCUGAAGAUGUACUUCCAAUUCCAGAACAUAAGUUAAUUGUCAGCGUACCCUGCAGUCUGCAUUCACAUAAACCCCCUCUUACUGAAAUGCACUGAUUCAAGAGAAUAGCAUGACGUUGUCACCAGAAGUCCUCUGGUGUUCUGAAAAUCUGAAGGGAUAUAAUUUUCAGUCAUCGGAUAACUCACAUUUGUGGAUUCCAUUUAUGUCUAAGUUGUUUCCCCCACUUCAUACCCACUGAGAGUCCUGUACGGUACUGAGAACAGCCUGGGAUCCCUGACAAAUACCUGGCAGUGCCAACAGCUGGAGCAGGCAGAACGUGAACUCCCUGAAAUUGAAAGUCAUCCAAAAACAUGCAUCCUGAAUCCUGACUCUCUUUUACUUCCUAGUAGCUAAUUAAAUAUUUGCCAUCGAAGUUGAAUUUGUAAAAAUAAGUUAAAAAUUAAUGGUGAUGAUGUGCUUCACAUACUCCUCUAUGCAGGCUUUUGUAUCUGUCCCUUAAGGGCAAGGAUCAGCUGGACCAGCUAUUAUUUCCACAGUGAUUUUUGUGAAAUGACAAAUAUUUGUUGACAGUUUGUAACAGGUUGCUAUUGUGGUCCAUGGACUUCCCAUGGAGCUGCAGGAGAGAGUCUGAGGAGAGAAACUGGAGCUCUAGAAACAUAAGAACUAGAUGAUCUUUAAGGUCCCUUCUAAUCCAAACUAUUCUAUGAUUCUAUAUAGAAUGGUUUGGGUUGGAAGGGACCUUUAAUAAUACUCUAUUUCGAACUGCCCUUCUUCUUCCACUUCUGUGGAAAGAUUGAAUAAACUUGGUUAAUUUACAGAGAAGACUUGGAUGGAGAUUGUAACUGUCUUUAUAAAGAUUCUCUGCUAAGAGAAGGAGCAUUUUCUGCUAAUGAAUUUAAACUAUGGCCAUAGCAAUUCAGUUUAGGCAUUGAUAAGACUUAUAUUUAGUAAGUAUAUUUAAGCUCAACGAUAAAAUGCUUAGUAUAUCUGGAAAAACUCCUUUUUGGGGGGGUUUAAGGAGCAGUUUAGACAACAGGUUGCGAAGACUCCCAUAGAGGAUUUCAACUGGGGCAGGGAAUGGACUGGGUGAGUUGUCAGAGUCACUUUGAGCCCCAAGUUUAUGUGCCUGUAAUUUUUCCUCUGUGAUGUCCACUGAGCAGUUAUGUAUUAUUGUGCUGGUUUUGGCUGGGAUAGAGUUAAUUUUCUUCAUAGUAGCUAGUAUGGGGCUGUGUUUUGGAUUUGUGCUGAGAACAGUGUUGAUAAUAUGGAGAUGUUUUUGUUAUUGUUGAGCAGUGCUUACACAGAGCCAAGGUCUUUUCUGCUCUUCACCCCACCCCACCACCGAGGAGGCUGGGGGUGCACAAGGAGUUGGGAGGGGACACAGCCGGGACAGCUGACCCCAACUGACCCAAGGGAUAUCCCAUACCAUAUGACAUCAUGCUCGGCAUACAAAGCUGGGGGAAGAAGGUGGCAGUGGGGGACAUUCAGAGUGAUGGCGUUUGUCUUCCCAAGUCCCCGUUAGGCGUGAUGGAGCCCUGCUUUCCUGGGGAUGGCUGAACACCUGCCUGCCCAUGGGGAGUGGGGAAUGAAUUCCUGGUUUUGCUUUGCUUGUGUGCAUGGCUUUUGCUUUACCUAUUAAACUGUCUUUAUCUCAACCCACGAGUUUUCUCACUUUCACUCUUCUGAUUCUCUCUUCCGUUCUACCAAGGGGGAGUGAGCGAGCGGCUGUGUGGUGCUUAGUUGCUGGCUGAGGUUAAACCAUGACAAUUAUCAAUAUCAAUUAAUGAACUGAAGGACUCAGAGAAUGUGGAGAUGAAACUUUCUCAUUGGUAGCAGCAGAUCGACGUCAGAACCAUGGUACUCCUCUUAAUAUUUCUUAAUCUCUUCAACUGUUAGUUUCAUCAAUGUGCUGCUUACCAUGGUAUUGAAAAUGCUAAAGAAAAGUAUAGUAUAGGACAAGGGAUACUUCAUGGAAGACUUGCAAUUUUCCGUUACUUCACUGCUUGGCAUCUCACAAAGCAGAGCCUUUAAAUGAUAGGAGAAAAAAAGUUGAAUCAUUUUUAUAGAAAGAGAAACAUGUAAGUUAUAGGCAAGAGUUUUGCUGUCAUGUUUACUCAGGGGCAGAAUAUAUGGAACAUAGUUUUUCUUUCUUGGAUGAUAAAGGAUCAGCUUGCUUUGUGUCAACUACUUAUCUCCCCAUCUAACAAUAUAAAAAAAUUCACAAUACUCUCAUGAUUAGAUUCACUGAACAUUUUAGAGGCAAUGGCUGAUUUCAGGCCAAUGUCAUAAUUAGAGAACAGCAUUAUGUUACCAUUUUAUUUUAAUCUUCUGAAGAGCCAAAGCAAAUGUAUAUUCAAGGCUGAUUAGGCCUGCAAAAUUCUUUAAUUAAAUGUAG